GUGGAAAUUCCUCAGUUGACCAAACUUCACACUCUCACAUUAAACAAGAAUAGAAUAUCCUUUUGAAUUUUUAGUCUUAAAGGGGCAAUUUGUACCAUUAGAGUUCUUCCAAGUUUUUGCGUAAGCUAGAAUAUGAAGGUUUAUAAAAUGACCUUUGAAUAAUGCUGUGUCCAAGGUGAUAGCAAACCAAAAUCAGUAGUUUUGGAUUGAUUGUUCCCACACAACUCUCCCAAACUUGAACUCUUCUGCCUGAUUUUUUCAAGUUUGAGUCAACUUCUUACCUACCCUUCCUCAGCCUAAUUCACUUUUUAUCAGUAAUUUUCUUGUGUUUACACUGCAGUAACUUACAGCAAAACCAAGGCACUCAGAGGGAAUUUCGUGGAUAAAAACACCUACGUGAUUGUUUUAGAAGUAGAGCUAAAAUGAUCUUGGUGGCACUGCCCAUAUUAUGACUUUACUUCAACUGAUUAAAGGCAUUGCUUUAUUGUAGGAUUCAUAUUUAGCUUUUUCCUGAAAGUUUAUGUUUUGUCGAUUAUUUUAACACAUUUCAAUGUCUCUCGGAAGGCCUUGCGAAGUAAGACGGAUGGAUAAUAUUUUCCUUAAUAUCACUACAUAGCCAAUCUAGAGGUUCUAUUGGAUAAGAUCGCUCACAACUUGCCUUCUCUUAAAUACCUCAGUCUGUUAAGUAACCAGGCCUGUCCAAAUGAGUUGUCGUCACUACACAGAGAUGAGGAGGACUAUCAGCGAUACAGGUAUCUUUCUGAUUUGGUAUGCAUUGCAGAAAAGCUUGUAAUUCUCCUGGAAUUCUUGGAUAACUCUUGAAAUGUUAGAAUUUUGUUCCAAGGCCCUAAUGAUUCCUUGAAAAUUCUUCCUUAUCUAGUACCAGUAGUUUCUUGCCACAUUUUGUGGGGUUCAUUGAUGUCACAGUUUGCAGUGAUUAUCACAUUUUUUUGUAUAGCAAACCUUUUCAGAAAAUUUUAUAAUGUUAACAUAGUCUUCCUUACCCUCCAAACGUAGCAGAAUAUUAGACUGUGUACAUGUUUUUUAUCUUGAAAGUUUAUUCUUCAUUCCCCUUAGAAGUUCCUUCUGUUCAUGCCAGCUGACAAAAUUCCUGAACUUAGUGCUCCAGCUGUCAAGUUUUUUUUCAAUCAGAUCCUAGCACCCAGACCACACUCCUCUUUGUGAUAUAAACAUUGUUGCCGAACAGAAUUUAAAUUCAUGUUGCUUAUUGAUUUUUUGUUUACUGACAGAUAUUAUGUCCUUUACCGCCUUCCGAACUUAACGUUUCUUGACUCAAGGCCUGUUAGAAGUAAGGAGAGGGAGGAAGCUCAAAGAGUAGGAUCUUACAUGAAGAUUGUUGCUCCUUCAGCCAGUGAGAUGGUCAGUGAAGAUGCUCAAUUAUUUUAAUUUUUGAUUCAUAGAUGUUUCACAGACUCAUAUUUAAUUACAGGUUAAAAGUUUUUUAACCUAGAAUGAUUCUGAAAUUUUUUGUCUUCUAACUAGGGUUUGAGGACAAGGGAAAUUGAGAAUUAAUCUAAGCUAAGACAUAAUUAACCUGACAUUAAAUUUGACCUGUAACAUAGACGAAGGCUGAAAAGUAGAUCAACCCACAUUGUAAAGAAUGACAAGCAGUUCUGUCGGUAAAGAACUGUUUUUUUUACGGAAGAAUCACACAGUGCAGCGUAAGAAUGAUCUUGUACAGCAUAUUAAAUAAACAGUACAGUGUAUAUUUCAACUGUCAAACUCUAGUUGGCGAAUAGUAAAUUAAGGUCAAAAGUCAUUAAGUGGAAAUAUAAACAAUUCAUAAAAAAUAAAAUUAGACAUAAUUUAUAGAUAUCAUAAAUUAAAUCCUUUACAAAUCCUGAAGUUAUUAACAGUGAAACCAGGCACCAGGCAACCUUUAUCAUUGCAAUACAGAUGAGAUUAUGGUGUUUUGUUUUUGGAUUAACAGACUUCUCAAAUGCUUGAGAGCACAGAAGAAAAAUCACCCUACAGCCCUCUACCGAGUGACACCAUACCUCCUGGAGACCACAAAGGUACCUUUGGACGCUGCAGAUACAUCUACUUUGGCAAGCACUCUGAAGGAAACAGAUUUAUACGAAAUGAUGAGCUCUGA